AUGCAGCCCGACACGCUAAGCAGCACGGAACAGACGCUUUUCGUCACUCUCAAGGCUCGACAACUUCUAGGUGACAGCUUGGCAGCAGCUGUCGUCGAGCAGAUCGAUUACGACUUCGAUAGACUUCAAGUUGGUUCCCUUGUUGCUGGCGUCAUAGGCCUUCGGUCAGCGCUGUUUGACAAAUGGAUACGCGACUUUCUCACCCGACACUCUCAUGCCAACGUCAUCCACUUAGCUUGCGGGCUCGACACUCGCCCACACCGGAUUUCAUGGGGCGACAGCGUUCGUUGGAUUGACGUCGAUCUCCCAGAUGUUGUAGAUUUACGGCGGGAGUUCAUGCCAGAACCGUUGAGGGCCAACCAAUACAGCCUCAUGGCAGGCUCUGCCCUCGAUUCGGCCUUUAUACAAUCCCUCCAAAAUGACCGGCCAACCAUUAUUGUCAUCGAAGGUCUCGUGCCGUAUCUCACCACCUCAGAGGGCGAGGCCAUGAUUGCCGAUUUGUGUGGCCAUUUCAAGACGGGGGAGCUGAUAUUUGACAUUACCAACUGGUACACAACCCUUAUCGAGAGACUCGUCGGCUCCAUCAAGCACACAAAGGCGAAGCUUAGGUGGACGUCUGACAAGCCGAAGAAUCUGGAGAAGGUUCAUCCGGGCUUAACAUUGCUCGAGGCUCAUCCCUUGUGCACCCUCGAUGGUGUCAGGAAUCUGCCAUUGGGUGGUCGGAUUUUCUUGUGGUUGCAAUCUCUGAUUCCUUUCACCAGAUACAGCGCUCAGUAUUUGCGACUCGCAUUUUAA